AAUAGGAAUGAGCUUUUCUCCACCCAUUCGAAUAAAAUUUGUACAGCUUUACUCGAUUCUGGCAAAAAAAACACCUGCAGAAUAAGAUAAGAACUAAUUUACGAUAACGGUAUUAGGUGUUAACGUUGACGGUGUUAUCAAUAACGGUCGAGGUGAUUUUAAUGUUUUUUUCCUCAUGUAAAGGUUAAGUUGUCAAAAAAUUAUCAAAAUUUAUCUCAUUUAUUAUAAAAAUUUAAAUUAUGGAAAAAGAAAGCGGUGUCGAAGAUGAGAACUCACAUAAUACGGAUGAAGAGUUAAAUAAUGAUAUUAUAUUAAAUCAUAUGGAAAUUUGUGUUGCUGAAGCUGAGAAACGAGCGAAUGGAACGUUGAAUAUACGCGAUUUUUUUACUGUCUAUCUUAUAGAAACUAAAGUUACAGAUCCUGAAUGGAAUGGAGCAUUGAAUAAAUUAAGUACAGUAUGGCGAAGAUACACCGAAUUCGAACAACUUCGAGCAUACUUAGAAGUAACAUAUCCAUAUAUAGUAUUACCACCGUUACCUGAAAAACGUGUUUUGUAUGGUUGGCAAAAAGUAUCAACCGAUACAUUUGAUCCAGAUUUCGUAGAUCGACGUCGAGCUGGAUUAGAAAAUUUUUUAUUACGUAUAGCUAGUCAUCAAAUACUUGGACACGAUAAGCAUUUUAUGGAGUUCUUGCAACAAGAUGAUCGAUGGAAGGAAAUGAUUAAGGAAUCAAGUUAUCUUCAAGUAGCCGAAUCGAAAUUAAAAUCAUUAAGUGUAGCUGUACGAUUAAAGCGUCCCGAUCCACGUUUUGAAUCCAUUAAAAAUUAUUCCAUUGAUCUCCAAUCGAAUUUAAGUAAUUUAUUAAGAAGUCGUGCAAAAGUUGUAGAAAAGCAAUAUAGUGUAUAUAAGUUACAUGCUAAUUAUGGUCGAGUCUUUAGCGAAUGGAGUGCUGUCGAAAAAGAAAUGGGUGAUGGCUUGCAAAGAGCUGGUCAUUAUUUAGAUACGUUUGCAUCGAGUAUCGAUGCAGCGUUGGAAGAUGAAGAAUUAUUUGCGGAUCAAUUAAAAGAGUACUUAUUUUUUGCGACAUCGUUGCAGAAUGUUUGUAAAAAACAGGAGAUUUUACAAUUAGAAUUAGAAUCAACCGAAGAUGCGGUUAAUAAUAAGAAUAUUGAGAAACGUCGUGCCGUCCAGGGUAAAUCGGGUAUUAUGUCACGUUUGUUUGGUACUGUUGAUACGGAAGAAGUACGAGAACAUCGUGUUAGUGUGCUGGAUCAAAAAAUUAAAGAGGGUGAAUCUGAUGCGAAAAUUGCCAAAGAAAAUUUGAUGGAAUUUUUAGAAAAAGCUUUAUUCGAUAUGGAUAGAUUUCAAGAGCAAAAAGCUUUAGAUUUAAAAGAAACUAUGCUUGGCUAUUCGUUAUUACAAUUAAAAACUGCGAAAAAGGGCUUACAAGCUUGGACACAAAUACGAGACUGUUUGGCUAGUAUUCCUUAAUUCCUAUAAAUAAAUAAAUAAAUAUAAAUACUCAAACCAAUUAUCAUUUUUCUUUUUGUAAAUAUUAAAUUUAAAACAAAUGCGAUUCAGAGUUAAUAUAUUGUUAAUUAAGAUGUUAAUUAAUUAGCGCUGUUGUCUUUUUAAUCACGGAAUAUUUAUAAUUCAAACAAAAUAUCUUUCACUUUAAAUGUUAAAAAUAAUCAUGUUUUUUCUACUUCAAUGUCCGAAAACUUUUUAUGCAAAUAAAUAAUAAAAAAAGUAUUC